UAUAACACAAAGGCAAAAUAAGAUGCAAUUAAUUUCCCCAAACAAAUAACAUGACAUUCACGUAAUAAUCAGAAACCGAUAUCCCUCGUUAUGAAUGACGAUUUGUCUAUUCAUGUUUUCGGAACGUUUUAGAUUUAUCGAAUCUUCAAAAUUAACAAUUCUACAAUCACCACAUAAUGGCCUCUGCUAUGGAACAGCAACAGCAGCAACAACAACAACAAACAACUUUAGAAUUUUAUCAAGCAAUGGCUGAUUUCAAAAACAUGUUUCCACAAAUGGAUGAUGAUGUGAUUGAGGCUGUGUUAAGAUCUAACCAAGGUGCCGUAGAUACAACAAUUGAUCAGUUGCUUACUAUGAGUACAGAUAAUGAAAAUGAAAAAAUUAGAAGUGAAUUAGAGCAAAAUGAAAAAUCACCAAGUACUUCUAAGUCACAGAAAGCAGAGUCAACAAUAUCCUUAAAAAGUAUACGUAAAUGGCAACCUGCUUUAUUAGGUCCAUUACCAGAUACAUUCCUUCGGCUUCCUCAACAAGUUUGUGAAGAUAGUUUAGAUUCUUCCUGUUUACAAGAAAAUUCGAUGUUAGAAGAUGAAAGAAUUGCUAUAUUUCUUCAAAAUGAAGAAUUUAUGGCUGAACUACGUUGGAAUGAAGACUUUUUGUCAACUUUAGAAAAUGAUACAAAAAUUCAAGGAACAAGCCUUGAAAAGUGUGGCAAUCAAAUUGGUCAUGAUGAUGAAGAUCUUUUUAAAGAAAGACUAAAAAAUAUGGGCAAAGUAUCUCGACGUAAGUUUGCACAACUUACUAAAGUAUUUACACGCAGUAAAAAACGAGGGGGUAGACAGUUAUUACCCCCAACAGCUUCCUGUGACGAUUUAUUGGACCCAGAGGAGUCGUCUAGAUUUCAAUCUUAGAAAUUAUAACACUUCCUUCAUUCUACCAGAAAAAACAAUUUUUCAGUAAUUGGUACUUACAGCAAUUUAUCCAAUCCGGAAAUGAGAAAGAGGCAUAUCUGUAUUAAUAUGAAUAAUUGAAUGGCAAAUUGCAAAGAAAAUUUAGAUGGAAAUAGUUUUAUUAAUGCGGAUCAUUUAAAUUAGAAAACAAUUAGUAAGACUCAUAUUCUAUGCAGUUUAAUUAACAUGAUAUUAUUAAGUUGCUUGAAUAACUGUUUAAUUCAAGAGCACAGAAAGAUCAAAAGAUAAAAUGUAGGAAUAAUAGCCCUAAAUAUUAUCUAAGAAAAAAUUGCAAAACUACAAAAUAUUUCGUAUUUUAAUAAUGUACUGUGAACCAGUACACAUUCUAGAUAGUAACAGUACAAUAAUUACAACAGUCAUACUGUUAAAAUAAGGAUCUGUCGAAUGUUGUUAUAAAUAUUUUCUUUCUUUUUUUUAACAUGACAUUGUGAAGUUUUACAAACAAUGUAUUUACAGAUAGUUGAUAUUAUUUAUGUAUAUUAUUUAUAUUUGAUUGUUGACAAUGAUUUAGAAUGUGUAGUUGUUUUUUCUACAAAAUUUUGUUGUAGUUUAUAUUUAUUUAAAAAAAAGUUUGUAUAGUUAUUGGUAAACAUUGUUAAAAUAUAAAAUAAAUUAUAUUUAUAGGUAUCAAAUGAAUUAUAGUAAAAAAUUUCUAUCCAUAAUGUUAAAGUAAACAUUUAAAGAAAGAGCAUUUUAGAAUUGGCGAAUUUUUGACUUCAUAUUUGAUUUUUACGUGAUUUUUUGCUGAUAUAAAAAUAGAUUUCUUUUUAUAUUGCUAUGCGGAUUAAUAAUGAUGCUUUCAUAUUUAUAAUUACAUUUUUGAGAAACUCCUAUCUAUUUAGAGUUGUAAGUGUAAUAAAUUCUAGUCUGUUCAUCUAGCCAUACUACUUAUUGAGUAAUAAAUAUCAAGGAUUGCAAUUAUACAUAUAUAUAUGUUGGUGUAGAAGACGUUUAUAUAUAUAAAUGAGUGUAAUUAAACACGGUAUGUGCCACAGGCAUAAAUAUAAGCUUAAGAAUACCGAACCUAACUAUUUAAAAAUAAAUUACGUAAUUUUUAGUGUCUCUUUAAUAA